CUUUGGAAUGUCACCGCUGCAAGCGGCUCACUUCAUGAUCGCCGCCGCAUCAUGAUGGAAUGGAGAAGGAUAUACCGGUGGGCCUUGCUUGUUUACUAUCUUGGCAGUGAGUCCGUUAAAGCAGUUGCACAGGACGACGCCGUCCUUGCAUGCACCGUGAGAGCGCCGCAGUACUUGUCUAUUGAGCACAAGGCAGCCCUUUGUGCAGGCGUUCAUCUCGACACAGCGACAGCACCUGCGGACUGCGCAUGUGAACUGAAACUCCACCUGGGCACAGCUACGUCAUCCGAGAUUGCCUUGACACUGUGCAGUGGAGCCACGAGCGUCGGUCCCGCAACUUGCUUCCGUACCGUCAAUGCCUUCUCCUUUACUAUCCUGCCAAUGCCUCAGUUGUUGACCCUUUGUCGCGGGGUUGCAGACGAGGAGAACGCAUUGUGCUUCCACCACCUCCACCGCAAACUCCAACUAGACGUCAACUCAAUCGUACUGCUCUGUACGCAGCCCAACGCAUGGAGCUACGUCGAUGAAAUCGUGUCAUGUUUCCAACGCCACACCACGUUGGCCAGCACAACCCGCCUGCGCUUAUGCAUGAAGCCGAGUCUCAUUUCAGACGCAACACUGGCGUGCUUGCAAACACUUUCCCAUCGGUACACGUUGGCCUCAGAUCGCGACGACCUCUUUCCACUGUGUCUGUCGCGCUCUCCGCACCAUGCUCUCUCAUGCGUCGAGGCGGCUCCGUGGGGAUACACUGUGUCGUUUAAAACCGCGCUGUGUAUCAACGCGACGGGUGUAGGGCCAGCAGAGUGCUUGAAAGGACUCAUGGGGGCAUCCACUUGGACAAACGACGACAAACUCAGCCUCUGCAGCGGCGCCACCUCGUCCAAGCGCAUCGAUUGUGUGCUCAAGCUGUCUUCGCGCUAUUCAAUUCGCCAGAAAGUUGCCCUCUGCGCACACGACCAUGACACUCCGCUCCGGUGCACCCGCACCAUCAAAGGGCUGCCGCCAACAGGAGACGAGAUUGCCAUUUGUGGACGUGCGUCAUCCCUCGGACCAGCGGAGUGCUUCAAUGUGGACACGGGUCUCUCGACAGCGCUCAAGGUCGAGCUAUGUGCGAACGGCGGGAAUCGGGACCGCGCUCAAUGCGUUCUGCGGCUGCGUUCCAUGCUGCAUUCGUUCACCGCGCACGACUUGGUGCAGCUCUGUGCCGCCGUGACGACCCCCGACGAGCUCCCGAGUCUCAUGCAGUGCCUCACCACGGGAUUUCGUGCAGUUCUCGCAGCUCGGGACGUCAUUCACGUUUGCAAGGGUGCUUCGUCGGCUGCGCCUGCGCGCUGUCUCCAGGAACAUCUAGCUGGGUGGUCAUCGUCCGAGAAGGCGGCGCUGUGCUAUUCGGCGACGGACUUGUCGCCUGUGGACUGCAUUCGUAGGUUAGGCCCGACGACGUUGCUGCAGCGACGACACCAAGUCCAGUUGUGCGUUGGGGCCACGGCCCCCGUUUUCCCCGCCAUUUGCGCGAAAUCGGCUCCGCCAAGGUUCGUCCAUCCGGUCGACCGCGUUCGCCUCUGUGCACAAGCAUCCACAUCGUUUCCUUUGGACUGCGCCGCGAGUUUGCCAUCCACUCACCCGAGUGUUGUUGCGGCCGUGUGCAGUCAAGUGGCAUCGCUUGCUCCGGCCGAGUGCAUCCAAGCUGCGCUUCGAAGCGGGUCCAAGCUCACGCAGUCCGUCAUCGCACGGUGUCGGUCGGUGUCGUCAUUCCCUGCCAUGCUCUCACUCGCCUCUGUCAUCAAGGAAUGUCCUGUCCUUGUACCCCACUGUCCAGUGACCAUUGAGCUGCAUGUACUGGAUCAGUUUGGCCAUCGCAUGCUCACGUAUGGGCUCCAUCCGUCGGCAGGGUCCAUCGAUUCCAACCAUUCGAUGCGACUGACGGCGGCAUUUCAAAGCCAGCCAUGUCUUGCUCUUGGCAAACGCGAGCCUGUCGUCGAUGGCAGGUCGACGUUCCGCAUGGCGUUUCCGCAUGCUGGUCACUUCCGCCUCGUUCUCGCGCUUGCCAACAUCACUGUUCUCCAUCUUCCAGUGCAUGUUCAGGAAGACCCGGGCGCAGUAGCAUGGACGGCUUCCUGCGAUCGCAUCUUUCGGUCGCAUCUCCAGUGCAUCCCAUCGUCAGCUACGUUUCCAUCCUAUCAGUUUUUGCAAGUCGACGCUGUGGCGAACACGCUCUUGGCCGUAGUGUGUGCGGGCACAUUGGAGCUCCUGGAGCCGCUGAGUCCAUCGUUGUCCACGUCGGCGCGAGCCAUCGCCGCCGCCCCGUGGCUUCCAUAUCACAUGCAUUUGCAAGUGCCGCUGAGUCCGUGGGAAGUUCUUCGCAUCCCCGACAACGCCACUCUCGACGUAGUCCGAGCGGCAUAUCGACACCAAUCGCUUGUGUACCAUCCCGAUCGGAGUGCCGCGGCUGCUGCCACGUACUUUGAUAGCGUUCGGUCCGCGUACGAAGCUGCAGUGCACCUCGACGAUCAAAAUCGGAGUAUUCGCGUCGAUAAAUAG